GUUCUAACGCAAUUUCUGAACAUCUAAAUUUUAUGUCAUCUACUUUAUUUUAGCAUUCAUCUUUCUUCCCCCAUCACCCAAAUAGGGGAAUGAAGGAAAUGGUUGAUGCAAGAGAAAAGCCUCAUGCAAUAUUAGUAAGCUACCCACUCCAAGGCCAUGUAAAUCCAUCAGUCCACCUAGCCAUCAACCUUGCAUCAAGAGGCUUCACCAUCACCUUCAUCAAUACCCACUCCAUACACCACCAAAUCACCUCCACCUCCUCCGCCGCAGAUGGAGAAGGCGACAUCUUCUCCGAACUCCGCCAAUCUCAUGGCCUCGACAUCCGUUACGCCACUGUGUCCGAUGGGCUGCCUGUGGGGUUCGACCGCUCGCUCCACCACGACCAGUUCAUGGCAGCCCUUCUGCAUGUCUUCUCUGCUCAUGUGGAGGAGGCCAUUGAGAAGAUUGUCAGACACUCACAACCUGCUGUCAAUUGUUUGAUUGCUGAUACAUACUUUGUGUGGCCGGGGAAGCUGGCUAAGAAAUAUGGGCUGCUGUAUGUGUCAUUUUGGACAGAGGCUGCCUUGAUUUUCACAUUGUAUUAUCACAUGGAUCUCUUGAGGCUCAAUGGCCAUUUUGGUUGUGUUGAUACGCGCGAGGAUGAAAUCAAAUACAUUCCAGGAGUCGAGUCUAUUGAACCAAAGGAUUUGACCUCGUUUCUUCAAGAAACGGACACAACAACAGUGUGUCACCAAAUUAUAUACAAAGCAUUCAUGGAUGCAAAGACUGCAGAUUUUGUGCUCUGCAACACGGUCCAAGAGCUUGAACACGAGACUAUCUCAGCCCUGCAACAGAAGAUCCCGUUCUUUGCUGUGGGCCCUGUUUUCUCAACAGGGUUCACCAGAACCACAAUCACGACUAGCCUGUGGGCCGAAUCGGACUGCAGCCGGUGGCUCGACUCCAAGCCUCAUGCUCAUGGCUCUCCUCAUGGCUCGGUUCUGUACGUGUCCUUUGGUAGUUAUGCCCAUGUUGCUAAGGGUGACCUAAUAGAGAUAGCUAAGGGUCUUCUCCUCAGUAAAGUUGACUUCAUUUGGGCUUUAAGGCCUGACAUAGUAAGCUCCGACGAUCAAACUCCUUUGCCGGAUGGUUUCAUUGAGGAAACAGGCGAGCAUGGUGUGAUCAUACCUUGGUGCUGUCAAACACAGGUGUUGGCACACCCGGCUGUCGGAGGGUUCUUGACGCACUGUGGCUGGAACUCGGUACUGGAAAGCAUUUGGUUUCAAGUUCCGAUGUUAUGUUUUCCUCUCUACACUGAUCAGUUCACUAACCGGAAACUAGUGGUCGAUGACUGGAAAAUUGGGAUUAAUCUGUGUGACAAAGUACGGGUCACCAGCGUUGAAGUUGCCGAGAAAAUUAACCAAUUAAAGGAGGGAACGAUUGGAGAUGAGGUCAGAGUUUCAAUCAAGAAUGUCAAGAGUACGUCUGAGAAGGCUUUGGCAUCUGAGGGAUCGUCAGAGAUGAACAUUGGUCGUUUCAUUAGAAAAAUAGAGGGUAGGAUCCGAGAAAAUAGGUAGGAGGGAACAAAGAAAUUGUU